ACCACCUUGGAGUGUACCCUGCGGCCAGGCUUGGUUUACAACAAGGUGAACCCCAUCUUCCAUCACUGGAGCCUGGGUGACUGCAAGUUUGGGCUGACGUUUCAGAGUCCGGCAGAGGCUGAUGAGUUCCAGAAGAGCCUGCUGGCAGCACUGGCUGCACUGGGUCGAGGCUCGCUCACCCCCUCCUCCUCCUCCUCCUCUUCCUCCUCCCCUUCCCAGGAUACCGCAGACACUCCCUGCCCUCUGACGUCCCACGUGGACAGCGACUCCUCCUCCAGUCACAGCCACCAGGAGACGCCUCCCACCGCAGCGGCGGCCCCCAUCGUCACCGUGGAGUCAGCUUCUGGCUUCGGGCCGGCCACGCCCCCCCAGCGCCGCCGCUCGUCAGCUCAGAGCUACCCUCCGCUCCUACCGUUCACGGGGAUUCCGGAGCCUUCAGAGCCCCUGGCCGGGACAGGGGGGCUGGGCUGGGGCGGCCGCGGCUAUGAGGAUUACCGGCGAGCUGGGCCACCCGCACCCCUCGCCCUAUCCACCUGCGUCGUGCGCUUCGCCAAGACCGGCGCGUUGAGGGGCGCAGCCCUGGGGCCCCCCACAGCCCUGCCCGCCCCUCUCACCGAGGCUGCGCCUCCAGCGCCCCCGGCUCGCCCACCCCCGGGCCCCGGCCCGGCCCCUGCGCCUGCCAAGGCCUCCCCGGAGGCGGAGGAGGCGGCGCGCUGCGUGCACUGCCGCGCGCUCUUCCGCCGUCGCGCCGACGGGCGUGGCGGCCGCUGCGCCGAGGCCCCGGACCCGGGUCGCCGGCUGGUGCGCCGUCUCAGCUGCCUGUGGUGCGCCGAGAGCUUGCUCUACCACUGCCUGUCGGAUGCCGAGGGCGACUUCUCGGACCCGUGCGCCUGCGAGCCGGGCCACCCGCGCCCCGCCGCGCGCUGGGCCGCGCUGGCCGCGCUCUCCCUGGCCGUGCCCUGCCUCUGCUGCUACGCGCCCCUGCGCGCAUGCCACUGGGUCGCAGCGCGAUGCGGCUGCGCAGGCUGCGGGGGUCGCCACGAGGAGGCGGCGCGGUGAGGACGGCCUGGUGGGUCCGGUAGCCGGACCAAGGACCCAAAAUUGAGGGUCCAGGACCCCGGACUCCGUUCGGACCCCAAACCCAAACCUAGGCACACCCGGAACUUGGAGCUUGAGUUUGGAUUGAGAGACCCCAGACCUGGAACCUGGACCCCAAAUGUAGGACUGAGAGACCCCAGAACCAGCUUCAUUGGGAUGUCUGUCCAAGAGGUCCCAGGCAUCCUGAGUUCUGGCAUCCCCGUUCUCCAUCCCCACUCCGCCCUGCUCUGGCCUAGACUGAGGAGAUUCCAGGGAUGCCCAGACUCUUCACCUCAGGCAGGCAGGGGAGCACACGGAUCCCUGAGAAUCGGGCUCUGAAUCCUGACUCCCUGUUCAAAUUACCAAUCUAGACCCAGUCAUGCCUGGCACCAUGAACCCUCAAAUUACAGCCCCAGAAUUAGGAGUUGCCGGUACCUGACCCUGCCUGUAUACAAUUACUCCCAGAUCUUGAGACCCUAAGACCCAGAAUCACCCCCAUAUCGUUCCUGAAUGCUCACCUAAAACUCGGAGCACCUGUAUCUGAGAUGUUCUUGUAGCCCCAGGACUUCUUAGAUACCGAAUCCUCUUAAGAUACUCUGAGUCCUUGGAUGUGCUCAAACGGAUGUUCUCUGACCCAAAUGACUUGGGAGACCCAUCUCAGAGCCCUCCUCCCCACACGCACACUGCCCAAGAUCCAGAAUUAAGACUCAAAGAUGCUCUGUGAGCCAGGGAUCAAAGAAGUCUGUAGACCACCAACACCAAGCCUGUGUUCCCAGGAGCUUUCAGUUUCAUAUGUAGGACUCUGAGGUGCCUAGUCCCGCAGAUGUAAGACUGGAGGCAACCAACACCUCAGGGCCCAAGACAUUGGUCCCAACCCCUCAGAUAGCCCUCUUCCAAUCCUCCUUGGACUUGCAUUUCAAGCCCCAGAAUGUCCUGGAAUCUUUGGCUUCUUCGUACCCACAGAUUCCCCAAUCCACUAAAGGCUGGGAGCCCAGCUCCCACAAGAUGGGAUGUUCGUGGCAACUCAGACCUCUGGCCCCUUGCCCCUGAGUGACCCCAAGGUGCCACGGACCCCCAAAUUCAGCACUCAAGCUUACACAAUAUUGGGAUUGUCCCUGACCCAAGACCUUGGUCCCUCCGUACCAGAGACAGAUCUGAGGCUCCCCGGGACCCUAGCACCUUCAGAUCCCAGAUUUCUUUGGACUCAAACCUCUCUAGCUUGAUAUUUCCCAGGCCCAGCUUGUGCAUCCCCUGAGAACUGCUGCCCGUAGAAUCCUGCCAUCCAUACGCCCCUGAAACAACAAGUUCCCAGACACUGGAAUUCUAGUCCCAAGGGCUCCAGCCCAAGCUCUCAGUAUCCCACAGAACUACCCCUUUACCCUAAGGGGAAAAAAAUAUUUUGAGCUAAUGUUCCUGGAUUCCAGGACCACCCAAGAGCACCCCUGCUCCUAUCUCUAGGACCCAGCAUUGCUGUAGAUGAUUGUGCAGGGCUGUUCAUGAAGCAAAGGCACACAGCCAAGGUGGUGAGUGGGGCUGGCCAUGCUGUGCCCUCAGAGGAAGGUGUGCAUUGUACAAAGGCAACUAGAUAUGGCUCUACUGGCACAAAGGCCACACACAUACACACACACACACACACACACUCUGUCUCUCUCUCUCUCUCUCUCUCUCUCUCUCUCUCUCUCUCUCUCUCUCUCUCUCGCUCUCGCUCUCUCGCUCUCUCGCUCUCUCGCUCUCUCCAGCCUUGCAGACUCUCUUCCAAGCCCAACUUUGAGUCCUAGCCCUAGUCCAGGCCUUUUAUGAUCUGCCCCUCUGUUAACUCCUUCUCUUCCAUUUCAGAGUUGGGGGUUGUUUUGGAAAGUUUGAAAGCAUGGUUCAUGGCCCAUUGAGAGUCCUCUUCUGGGGAAGGGGGAUUCCAAGGUCUCUUUCCCCUGAGUGGAAUGGGACUUCUAGUGUACCACAGAUCUGAUGGCCUCCUGCAUGGGUGGGGGGGUAUCACGGUCUUGGAGCAACACAAUCUCAAUGUUGUACGGGCUUGGGACCUGCAUCUGGUCCCGAGCACCUUGAAAUGUGCACUUACCUUUCCUCAUUAUCCAGACUUGGAUAGCCUUGUGGGGGUUCAAGGGAUAGGUCAAGGGGGCCAGAGGGGUGGAUCCUCCUGUCACUUCCUUUAAAUUAUUAACUAUUUAUUACAUCCGGAACCUGUGAGAUUCAGCUCUCUCAAGCAGACCCUGGGAUGGGUGAGAGAAAAGGGGGGUGUCCCUCCCAUCCCCACUCUGCCCAGCUCUCAUCACUGUCAGACCCACCAGAGCUGAGGGCGGAGGGACUGGGGGCUGGGGCAGCCUGGGUCCCCAUCCCCCUCUCUGUGCCUCGGUCUCCUCCCUUCCGUGGUGGGCGGGGAGAAGCUCCAUUCUUAACCUACCUCGUUUUGGGGAGGGGUGGGACGGGGGACCAGAGUGCUGUAAGGUGCUGCGGGAUCUGCGGAUGAAGUGGGGGGCUGGGGGACGGUUCCCUGGCUCCCACCUCCCAGCACCGCCUCUCCCAGGUCUCCCAGUCCUGCUCCCUGCUGAUACCCACCUCUGAUCCAUGAUUGCUCUUCAUCACCCCUAGAUCAGGGGGUGCAUGGAGGGAUGAUCCUGGGAGCCAGGAAGACCUCAGACCCUGGAGCCCCCAGGCCCAGUUUCCCAGCUGCUUGCCCCUCAGAUUGGAUGCUUGGCCCCCAUACUUGGGAGAGGCACCCCGACAUUUAUCUUCCUGAUCUUGAUUCUAAGCCAGUCUGUGACCUCAAUGUUGUUAUCAGGGCAGGCUGAAGUAGCGGGGGAUGAUGCGGGCCGAAGACCCAGCCUUGUCAUCGGGGGAGGGGGCAUGAGAUAUCGGCUCCAAGAAAUGUCUGUGACAAAGUCUCAGCCUGUGUUCUUUAUUUGCAUUGAUGCACCCCAUCCAUUCACCUUCCUGAACCACCAGACCAGUCCCCUACCCAAAUCCUCCUUUCCCCUUCCCAUCCUUUCGUCCCAAGCAGACCCUCCAGCUGAAUUUUAUACCUCCAGUCACUCUACAUUUAUUGGACACCC